CUAGUCUCGACCAACCUAGGCGCCGCCCGAUUCCCCAGACCCGGAAUCCAAUGAAUCGGUAGCAGGAAACCCUCUCCACCAAGCAAUUUCCCUCACGGGCGCCUCCUCCUUGAGUUGAGCGAACACAGCAGCAACCAUGGCUGGGACAGGGCUGCUCGUCCUACUCGCCUUGACAGUUGUCAUGGCUUUAGCCUCCUUUCUCGCCGGCGCAUUACCGCUAUCUAUGUCCUUGUCACAAUCUCAGCUCCGAUUGAUAUCGAGCAUCGGCGUGGGUAUCCUCGUCGGUACCUCGCUUAUAGUCAUAAUACCCGAGGGGAUCGGCGCGAUCACCGAAACUUCCGCCGUCCCCGCCCAUUCACAAAAUACGAGGAAUAUACAUGCGCCCAAGUCUCUGCUGGAAGUCAAAUGGGUAGAUAGCCGAUCUCUUAGCUCGCAGGGCGAUUUAGCAUGGACCAACGUACCCGGAAGAAAGGGGGAUGGUGACGAUGCGUUACAUGCGCGUUCCGGUGCAAUGAUUCCGGAGGAGAGUAGUACCAGCUUCGCGCCCUACGCGAGGAACCCUACGGAGGAUCAGGGUACUGCCUCAGACGUAGAGCCGAACCCCGAAGGGGGCCAUCGACAUGCCCAGGGGGGAUUUGAACUUCCUACAUUCUACAUUGGCCUCUCGCUGAUCCUCGGCUUUGUCCUCAUGUUCCUGAUCGAUCGACUGCCCCGUCACGCAUCGGAGAACUUCCAGCCGCCGCCAGCGCCCAGGCACAUUAGCUUGAGCAAUCUAGGCGGCUCGUCCCUGGCUGGUGGCGUAGAGGAACGCGAGGGUUUCCUCGGCUCCUUAGCACCAACACCGAAGCAGUCGAGAAGCCUAGCGACCACCACGGGACUGGUCAUCCACGCCGCGGCAGACGGCAUCGCGAUGGGGGCGUCAGCCACCUCUCCAGAUACCAAACUAGGCUUCAUCAUAUUCAUCGCCAUCAUGGUGCACAAGGCGCCCGCGGCCUUCGGACUAACCUCCAUCUUGUUGAAACAGGGUCUCUCUAAGCGCGCCGCGCGUGGUCACUUGAUCGUCUUUAGCCUAGCUUCUCCAUUCGGAGCCUGGGCAACCUUCCUCCUCGUCAGUUUUCUCGGUGGGGGCAGCGGCGGCCAGCUAAACCAGUGGUGGACCGGCAUGUUGCUACUAUUCUCAGGAGGGACGUUCCUAUAUGUCGCGAUGCAUGCCAUGCAAGAAGGAGACUCCCCCUUUGGCCACGAUGUAGGCUCGCUAGCCAACGGCUACGACGGCAAUCCGCGCAAACACGCACACCCGCAGAUGCGGGAGACGCUAGCGACCAUGAUUGGCAUGUUCCUGCCUCUUCUCACACAGUUCGGGCAUCACCAUUGAUGACGUUGGUCCAGCCCGUCCUUCUUCCCAUUUUCUUCUAUUCUCUAGUUUUCCUUUUCAUAUUAGAUCAGCGCCCCCUCCGU